GGCUCUCAGCGGCCAAGCAGCGCUGAGCUCCGCGCGCGCGCCCACACACCUGAGUGAUGUAAAUGUGAUUAGUGCGCGCGCGGUGUGAGAUAUGUGUGUGUGUGUGGGGGUGUGUGUGUGUGGAUUUGUUCCUGAAGCGCUUGGUGAGCUCCCGGUGCGUAACGGCGCUUAAGCGCGUGACGGCGGCUAUAAAGGCGGUGCGCGCGGCGCACUUUCACACACGCGCAACGACCCGGUGAGACGCACACGCGGCACACACGCUGACUGUGACUCGCAGUAACAGACAGACAGACAGACAGACAGCAAGGAGAUGUCCGCCGUCAGCGCGCUCCCCUUCUUCCUGAAGCCCCUGCACGCGCCCCUGGACUCUCCGGUGUCUCCGGGCCGCCAACGCAGACACACACUGCCCGCCAGCGAGUUCCGCUCCCUCAACACCGAGGACGCCACGAGCGUGUUCGAGAUAGAGAGAGAGGCCUUCAUCUCUGUGUCGGGAGAAUGCCCCCUGCAUCUGGACGAAGUGCGCCACUUCCUCACCCUCUGCCCUGAGCUCUCCUUGGGCUGGUUUGUGGAAGGCAGGCUGGUGGCCUUCAUCAUCGGCUCACUGUGGGACCAGGACCGCCUGACCAACGACGCCCUGACCCUCCACAAGCCUCAUGGCACCACGGUCCACAUCCACGUCCUGGCGGUCCACCGCACCUUCCGCCAGCAAGGCAAAGGCUCCAUCCUGAUGUGGCGGUACCUGCAGUACCUGCGCUGCCUCCCCUACGUGCGCCGGGCCGUCCUCAUGUGCGAGGACUUCCUCGUGCCCUUCUACCAGAAGUCCGGCUUCAAGGUGCAUGGCCCCUGUGAGAUCACCGUGGGGCCGCUCACCUUCAUCGAGAUGCAGUGUCCCGUGCGUGGGCACGCGUUCAUGCGCCGCAACAGCGGCUGCUGAGGCAUCUCCCGCUGUUUGUUUUGGGCUUAGAUGCCCUUUUGUCACCCCGAAGGCCAAGCAGUCAAGUGGAGGGGCAGCUUUUCGUUGUGGUGUAGGCCUGCUGUGCCGUGUCUAAGUGCUUGUCUGCUUUUGUGAGCCAUGGCAUUGGUGUGCGCUAUAGAUGGGGGCAAAAGAGCUUAUCUGGGGAGGGGGGGCUACGUUCAUUAGAGAGAUAUUCUAGUUCAUUUUCUCUAAUUGAGUUUUUGCAAUGAUUUUAGGUUUAGCACUGCUCAGAGUUUAUUUAUCUUUUGUAUUUUUUAUGUUAAAUUAUUUAUUGAUCGCAUUUGAUUAUUAUUUUUCUAUCACUCAUGAACCUUUUUUUAAUAUAGUGUUAAGGCAGUAGGUCAUGCACAGCAUACAGUAUUCCAGUUCUCCAUUAAUAAAGAAAGGGUUCCUCGGUGUACAGUCGCAUGUGGACCGUGGUUCGAGAAGGUUGGCUAGGCUGUUGCUUGUCUUGUUGCUCUAGAUGUGUCUAUUCUGUGGAAGCAUUAAAAUAGCAUCAAUUUGACACUCUGUUACUGUGGUCUCUUCUGAGUGAAGACCCAGAGAAUGAUUGCAAAGUGUGUAUUCAAACAAUGCAGGAGGUCAUAUCAUAUCUCUAAGAAGGACAACACAUGGGACAGGAUCUAAAUCCUGCUUUUCUUAACUCUUUGCAAAAUAUAUUAAGAUUGUAAAGCCAUGAGAGCUGCACAGACACUGUUUAAAGAAGUUUUCUUACUAGGCUGAAGGAUCAGUGCUAUUUAGAUGUGAAUGAGCCAAACUGCUCAUAAGAGUAAGGCCCCAUCCCAUUUCUUAUUUUUACCCCUAUCCCUUGUUCUCGAGGGUCACCUUGCCUGUUGGAACCGAGUUACAAGGGGUAGUGGUUGAAAUCCUUCUUAUGAAAUGGUACCCUCAAAUAAAAAAGGAUAUUACUUCAUUAACAGGCUACUAGCGCUGCUCUGUAGGCGACCCUGCCAGUCUGCAGUGACAGCAGAGGAGGGUAAAGUUUAGGACAUUUAGCAUUUAGGGCAUCAUCUGUCUUCAGAGAGGGGGACACGACAAUUAGUUAUUACUGCCCACCACUAAUUCUUCAAUGAUAUGAAGCUGAAGUCAUCUAUUCGCCAGCUUCACGUUCAAAUUUCCCGUUCCACCUUAAAUGAAGCAACAGUUACAUUCUGGCGCCUCAAGCAUCCAGUACUGCUGGACUAUUUUAAGGUGGAACGGGAAGUUAGCUAGCUAGCUACCGAGACGUUAGCAUACUAUUAGCGAUUUUGUAUGCUUGUUAUGAAGAAAAGGCCAUAAUAUAUUGAAACGACAUUAAACUAAGACAAAACGACGGUUAUUGUAAUUUUCAAUAGAGAAAAUACUCAGAUUUAUGUGUUUUUGUGUCGCUUGUGCAGCCAUAUUGCUGGUUUUCUAACUGUGCUAAGCUACCUUGUCGAAACGACCGCGUAUUUUUACGUAGUGCUGCACAUAAAACUGUAGGUAGGGUAUUUUGAUGGCCAUCAGUCAACAUUACCGACAUUAAAAGCACAAUUAGGAUAUUUCUAUCGUUAAUCGCCUUAUUGGGCAUUAAGUAAUGAUAUUAAGUGGAGUAGCAUUUAAAGCACAAUGAAAAGCAUGAAGUUACGACGCUACAGUAAAGAUAUGCGAGUGCUCAGUAGAACCGGCGGGUAGGACAAACUGUAAGAACACCUUUUUUAAAUUCUCCUCACAACACUGUUUAGGGCCAUGCAGCCCUAACACUUCAUCCUACCCCUCUAUCUCAACAAAAACCGGGACACACUACCCCCUAGACGUGAACGAGCAAAACGGAGAGCUAAGGGUUAAGUGGUAGGGGCAAGGGGUGAAAUGGGAUUGGGCCUAAGAAAUGCCCCCUUCAGCCGUUAAAAGGGUAGCUCAACUAAACAAUAAAUGAGGUAAUAACUAACUGCUAAGAGUUUUCAGCCAGCAUUGCUGGAACCGUCCCUUUUAAAGAGGGGACUGACUGAUUCGAGAUCUGUUUUCUCAAGCUAAGUGAGUCACUGACCUCUGCUAGUCUAUGGAGCAUUAGAUGUAUGGAGUCAUAGACUUCUUUAUCUGCAUUAAGAAGCAUUACAGGGCAUGAACAGUCUGGUUUGGCCCGAGAAGCUGUUUACCACCCAAUGCUUAAGUAACGCUUACCAAACCUGUUUAUGGAAAGCAACCCAAAUGUGUUGAUAAAAAAAAGCCCCUUUAAUUCUGUGCAAAGUAUGUAGAACCACAUGGUCAUGUUUAGAGACAGGAGAACUUACCUGAGACCUUCUGGAGAUGAACUUGCCUUUCCCUGUAGACAGUGACCAUCUUUGCCUCUAUGGAGUCUUGAAUCAAGACAUCUAUGAUUUUGUACAUGUUUUGUAAAUAGAUAGAAAAAUAAACAUUUUUUUUUACAA